UGUGCCUGCAGUACCGCCACAACAUUCAAAGCUUCUACUUYGUGGGGAUAACUCUUUUUCUGUCUGGAAAAUACAUCGACAGAAGAAUGACAGGAGGAAAACUGGUUCUUCCUACCAUGCUGCUGUCUGUAAUGAUGAGUUUAUUACCACUGCAGAGUUCYUUUGGACAACAUGUGGCAGACGACUCCUGCACGGUCCAGAUUCUUGUCCCUGGACUCAAAGGAGAACCWGGGGACAAAGGACAAAAGGGAGCACCUGGUCGACCAGGACGAGUUGGUCCCCCAGGAGAGAUUGGGCAACCUGGGCUUAAAGGGCAAAAAGGCAUUAUGGGACGUCAUGGAAAAAUUGGCCCAAGUGGAAUGAAAGGAAUCAAGGGAGAUAUGGGUGAGGCAGGUCCAACUGGUCCCGAUGGAGAACCAGCUUUGCCUUUUUCAGGUGUUCCAUGCGAGUGCAUGCCAAUAAGAAAGAUGAUUGGAGAAAUGGACAUUCUUGUGGCUCAACUGUCCUCGGAACUGAAAUUCAUCAAAAAUGCACUGCCCUCCCCUGCAGCUGUCGCCGGCAUAAAAGAGACAGACYGUAAGGUCUAUCUGCUGGUGAAGGAAGCGAAGCGCUACGCCGACGCCGAGGUCUACUGUCAGUCGAGGGGAGGGCACCUGGCCAUGCCGAAGGACGACGGUGCCAACGCAGCCAUUGCGGGAUGUAUAGCCGAUGCAGGCCUGAGCAGGGUCUACAUUGGCGUUCACGACCUCGACCACGAAGGCCAGUUCACCUACGUGGACCGCUCGCCCAUGACCACCUUCAGCAAAUGGAGAAAAGGCGAACCCAACAACGCCUACGACGACGAGGACUGCGCGGAGAUGCUGGCCUCCGGGGAGUGGACAGACGUGGCGUGCCAUCCCACCAUGUAUUUUAUUUGUGAAUUUGACAAAGACACCGUCUGAAUUCGGACGAGAAACUUGAGAAGAAAUGAAAACAACGGAAUGAGGAUAAAGUGGAAUUUGAGUUGUAGGAAAARAUUUUCUUUCCUCCUCUUGAUCUGACAAGCUGCCUAUUUUCUGAGCUUGCAAGAUCCUGACAGUCGUUGGAUUUUUCUCAUACAUCCUUAGUCUCAGACUCUGCGAUUCAUCGAGGUUUCCAACAGCGUGCCAGGCAGUGUUAUUGAGUUUUCGUGUUAUGCAAACUAUUCUGUAAAAGUGCCAUUGACAAACAAGCCAGAGAAGCAGACGGUUGUAUAUUGUGUGGAAAAAUAUCCAAUUAAAAAGCAGAUUUUGGUUCCAGCUGAGUGCUUUUAAUCAAACAGAUAGAACACAUUCUACGUUUAUAUCCUUAAAAAAGAUAUAAGGUGACUGUUGUACAAUAAACAUUGAUGGAUACUGUAAAAAAACGGAAUGAAAAAAUACAUUAUUUUCUAUCGCAGAGCUGGCUGUUCUAAUUUACUGCAGCAGAUGUGCAAAACUUGGCAAAAUAAAACAUGGAUGAAAAUCUG